AUGCCUCCAGUGCUUCCAAGUGGUACUUGUCGGCACAUCCUUCAGGCCAGUUCAAGCGAAUACAUCCUAAGCGCAGCCACUAACUUUACUCCAGCCACAACUGUCGAAAUACCAGCAGCCCUUGCCUACGAAUGCUUGAAAUCCAUACCCAACGUUCAAGACCCUGCCUUACGCCUGAUCAACUCGUUGCGGACAUACCUUGAAUUCCAGAGCACGAUCGAGUACUUGCAGAAGCCACCCUCUGGGUUUCUCUUUCCGCCGGUCGACCUUCAUGAAGAAUUGGACAAGAUCGAAGGGAACGUCCUUCGUGGACAGUAUGAGAGCGAAUAUGACAUGCAAGUCGACAUCACUUCGUUGCUGAUCUCGACUCAUGAUGGACACUUGUCCUGGCAAGGUGACCUGUUGGGUGUCUUCCAGUUUCUCCGAGGUGCUGUGGGUAAUUUGGGAUUGGUAUCUGUCUCUUCGGAUGGCAUAGAGACGCCGCAGGUCUAUCUCGCAAGUGACCUUGUUUCGGUAAAUGCAACGGUAAAGAAGCUACAACCGGUAACAAACUAUACGCCCUCACCAGUUGAGAGCAUCGAUGGCGUCGAUGUCGUCUCUUUUCUCUUGACCCAGUCCAUGGUCGGAUUAUCUCAAGAUCCCGAUGCACUCUGGAAUCAGAACUUCUUUCAGAUUGGCAACCAGGCAGUACGGAAUUUUGUCGGACCAAUAUACUACCCUGGCCCUACGACCAACGUGACAUUCGCCAAUGGAACGACACAUCAGAUCACAAAUAUUGCCGUAGUCAGCCUUCCCCUUGACGGCAUUGCCACGGGCGAAGAUGCAUAUUCUGUCUUCUGUCCGGAAGCUCUGGAAUCAGCAACGGCUUCAGCCGGCGGCACUGCCGCUUCUACGGCCCCUUCGACGGCCACAUCUACGGCCCAGGCAACUACGACAACAGAGGCCCCCAGCUCACCCACGAUCCCCCUCUAUCCGUACCCGGUGAUCAAGCAUAGCGCCAACUCUGUUGCGGGAUACUAUCUCAAUGACACGGGAUACACUGAUGUUGCUGUCCUGCAAGUCCGUGAUUUUCAGGCUGUUGGCGAAGAUCCUUUGACGUAUUCAAUGGAGUUUCAAGCUGUGGUGCAGAAGUUUCUCAAUGCAGCCGUGAAGACAGGAAAAAGGAAGCUCAUCAUCGAUUUCCAGGGCAAUCCAGGUGGUCACAUCGAUCUCGGAACGGAUUUGUUCGCUCAGCUGUUUCCCUCUUUGCCUCCGAACUCAAAGUCAAAUAUGCGUGACCACCUCGGCUUUUGGAUAUUGGGCAACGUCGCGUCAUCCAACAUCACAGCUGCGAUGCAGACACCAGACGGUGGCGAGGACGAACUCGUUUCCGAAGUCACAUAUACCCCACUAGCGUAUCAGUCCGUAGUGGCCGACAACUUGACAGGUUUCCCCGACUUUGACUCCUUCUACGGACCGAACGAGCUUUAUGGUGGCAACUUCUCUGCGUUCUUCCAGAAUAAUUAUACCGACGCCUCGGCUUCCGACUUUGGAGGGACCGGCAUCGUCAUCACCGGCACCAAUAAUCGCACAGGAUUUCGUCAACCUUUUGCGCCGCAGGAUAUUGUUGUCCUGUACGAUGGCUAUUGCGCCAGUACGUGCACCGUUGUAAGCGAAUAUCUCAAAUCGCUGGCUGGAGUCCAAUUCGUCACGGUCGGCGGCCGUCCACAAUCCGGCCCCAUGCAAGCUGUCGGCGGUGUCAAGGGGACACAGGUUUUUGAGUUCCUGGGCAAUAUAGACAUUUGGGUCACACUGUGGGAGAGCCCGGAGAACACGCUUCUGGAACUGGCAAAUGGGACGAUAUGGGAGAACUUCACGUUCGAGCCCACUCUUCGUAGCCAAGCGGUAACCUUGGGCGCAAGCUCGGCUGGCGGCGUCAAUGGGCGAAAUCAUUUCCGCUUCGGCGACGAGAGUGAGACGCCGCUUCAGUUCGUCUACGAGGCGGCUGACUGUCGGCUGUGGUGGACCAAGGAGAUGCUCUACGACCCUGUUUUCCUCUGGGAGAGGGUCGCGACUGUGGCGUUUAAGGAACGAAAAGGUACCCAGUUCAAUUCCAAGUACUGCGUGAGCGGGAGUACGGGACACCCGACGAGCAUUUCCGGUGGAUGGAGAAAUGGGACCUUGGGCCCUCAAACCCCACCGGCGAAUGCAAGUGCCUCGGUGGAUGGAUGGAAGUUGACCGGUCGUCCGUUGGGCGGCGGCGGCGAUGUCGGCAAGGGUAUUGGAUCGACGACCGGCACUGGACUCAAAGUCGAAAACAAUGCCGUGACGGACGCCGUGGAUGGUACAGCCCUGGCCAGUAUGAAGACGGCAUGUGCGAGUUACUCGGGCGACAAGUGGCUUGUCAAGCUUGUCUGUAAUGCGUUGGGAGUGAAAGUGGACUGA